AUGCCAUUGGUAGCAUUAGUUCUUAAGGGAUUGCGAACAACAUGCGUGGAAAGACUGAAAGGAGCCAUAGAAGAGCUUUUGCCAAUCCUGAAAGACGAUGGGUCUACGCUGGAUGUUAUUCUCACUGAACAAAUCAAGUACUCCGAAGACCUCGAUUAUAUUUUGGGCCAUCUCUAUAGCAGCAUUCGAGAGAUUCUACUGUCAGGAAACCUUUAUGAGACCCCUGUCAAUGUACUGUUCAACCAGGACGCUCGUUGGCUGAAAAAACACAUGUGGGACUUGAUAGUAGUGGACACCGCUCUCCACCCUCUUAUACUUGAUUACAAUUUCAAGAAGGUGAAGACUGUGGAUCUAGCAAAGCCAAAUAUAGACAGUGACACCGAAGUGAAGCAUGAGAAAAACGACGAAGAGCAUUAUACCGUGAGUGCUUUGGGCGGAACUUUUGAUCAUCUUCAUGAUGGCCACAAGAUUCUCUUAAGCGUGGCAACUUUUUUAACGUCGCAAAGAUUAAUCAUAGGAGUCACCGAUCAGGAGCUGCUGCAGAAUAAAAAGUUUCCAGAGUUUCUUGAAUCCUUCGAAAUGAGGGCCAAAAACGUCACAGGAUUUGUUAAUCGAGUCAAGCCUACCUUGAGGGUUGAAGUAGUACCUUUGAGAGAUGUUUGUGGACCGACAGGAGCCGUCCCAGAAAUCGAAAGCCUUAUUGUUAGUCGGGAAACAGAGUCGGGCGGUAGGUUCGUAAAUGCAGUGCGAAAGGAAAAGGGAUUGACCACGCUUGCGGUUCACGUAGUCAAUGUUCUCGGCGGGCAGGAGGAAGACGGUUGGAAAGAGAAGCUCAGCAGCACAGAGCUGCGAAAGCGCAAAAUCACAUACAAAUAG